AUGACCCCGUACUUCACCGAACUGUUCGGCAAUCCCUCAAGUAUUCACGCCGUGGGCCAGCAGGCGCGCUACGCCCUUGACGAGGCGCGCGACCGGGUGGCGCGGGUGCUUAACUGUCGUGCCCGGGAGGUGGUGUUCACCGGCGGCGGCACAGAAUCGGACAACGCUGCUAUCGUGGGCGUCGCCACAGCCCUGCAGGAGACCGGCAACCACAUCAUUACGACCAGCGUGGAGCAUCACGCCGUUCUGCACACUUGUCAGCACCUUGAGUCGCAGGGCUACGAUGUUACCUACCUCCCUGUGGAUUCUGACGGGAUAGUCCAGCCGGAUGCCGUAUCGAGGGCGAUUACCGACAGGACCACCCUCGUCUCCGUGAUGUACGCCAACAACGAGAUUGGUGUGGUCAACCCCAUUCCCGAAAUCGCCCCAGGUGGUCAAGCAGCGGGCCUGUUUCACACCGAUGCGGUUCAGGCGGCCGGCUACCUCGACCUUGACGUGAGGAAGCUCGGGGUCGACUUGCUCAGCCUGUCUGGGCACAAGUUUCACGGCCCGAAGGGAACGGGAGUGCUGUUCAUACGCCGUGGGGCACCCUUUCUCCCAUUCCUGCUGGGCGGCGGACAGGAACGCGAACGCCGUUCCGGCACCGAAAACAUCCCAGGAAUAGUGGGGUUGUCGGUGGCGCUUGAGACCGCCAACUCGCAGCGAGAGGAGUCCAGCCGCCAUUGUGCUGCCCUGAGGGACCGCAUCGUAGAUCAGGUACUGGCGCGGGUGCGGGGUAGCCGCCUGAACGGCCAUCCGACCCAGAGACUCCCCAAUAACGCCAACUUUUCCUUUCCCGGGGUCGAGGGCGAGCCCAUCCUGCUGGGGCUGGACAUGGCAGGAGUCGCUGCCUCCAGCGGCAGCGCUUGCAGCUCGGGAUCUCUGGAGCCCUCCCACGUCCUCUUGGCCCUGGGACAAUCGGCCGAGGUGGCCAGGGGCAGCCUCCGUCUCACCCUGGGCAAGGACAACACCGAUGAGCAGGUUGAUUAUCUGCUCGACGUUCUCGUAGAUCUGGUGGAACGGCUGCGUCAGUUGCCCAGUCUGACCACUGCCGGUUCAUGA